UCCAGGUGCGGCGGCUGCUCGCGUGGCGCAGCUCAGCGGAUCCUGACGUCGCCUCUCGGCCGCCAUGGCUGAGACACAAGCGGGCUCAGUCGGAGAGCCGGAUCCCGUCUCUGUGGUCACUGCCAAAGCAGGACCUGAGGUGUCCUCGCCUGGGACCUCGAAGUCCGGGGACUAUGACAGCAACUGCGUGUUCUGCCGCAUCGCGGCGGGUCAGGAACCCGAAACUGAACUCUUUCACUGUGAGAAUGAAGACCUAGUUUGUUUCAAAGAUAUCAAGCCAGCCGCACGUUAUCAUUAUCUGGUGGUGCCGAAGAAGCAUAUUGGAAGUUGCAAGGAUCUAAACAAAGAUCACAUAGAAGUGGUUGAGAGCAUGGUAGCUGCUGGAAAAGCCAUGCUUGAGAGGAAUAAUUUCACAGACUUCACGGAUGUGAGGAUGGGUUUCCAUGUGCCUCCGUUCUGCUCUGUCUCUCAUCUGCACCUUCAUGUCAUAGCGCCAGCUAAGGAGUUUGGCUUCUUAUCAAAGCUGGUUUACAGGCGGGACUCGUACUGGUUUGUCACAGUUGAUUAUUUGCUUGAAAAGCUAAGAAAAUAAAAAUGUGAACCAUGGACAAGUUCCUUACCUGACUCAGAGGAGCUAUUGGUUUGCUCUCUUUGAAGGCUAAUUGCAGUCUGAAGGUUUGCUGGCUCAUACAUAACACUACCACUAAGUAGCCUUACAUUGUUUUCUGAAUAUCUAUUUCCUGAUAUAUGUCAUAGUUAUGUGAGAAUUUUCUCACUGCCUUCUUUGUUUUAGUGCUCAUUUAUGUAAGGUUUUAUGCAUAAGAUACUAUACCUAAAAGUCCAUUUAAUACCAAUUCUGCUAAUCAAGAUGCAUCCUAUAAUUUUUUUAAAGUUCAAGUUUCAUUUAUUGGUGAAUAAUAAUUUCGGAUGAAGAAACUGGCAUAAAAAUUUUGAACCUUAUUACAGUGAAAGAGAAAAAUUAGCCAUUUUAUGAGAAUUCUGUAGUCUUAUACAUACAUUUUCAAAAUAAAGAAUACCAUGCCACCAAUAUUGUGUGAUCUUGAUGAUAGAUGAUAUGUACAUAUCACUUUGAACUGUUUACACACACACACAUUAGUUUCCCCUUAGCCAUAGGGAAGAUGUUCUCUGAGUCUCUCAGUGAGUACACACAACCCAGGAUAAUACCAAAACCCAUAAUAUAUCCUGUGCUUGUUCAUUAUAUGCAUACCAUAGAUAAAUAGUUUAUAACAAGCAUAUUAAGAGAUUAAUGACAAUGAUGUUAAUAAAAUAAAAGUUACAACAGUGUACAAUUAAAAUACUGCCAAUGUUCAUGAUUGCACUCUGUUGCCAUAUUAAGUUGAAUACAGUGACUCUGAUGCUAUGACAGUUAACCUAAUCACUGAGGUGGGAACUAUAAAUGAGUAACGUAUACAGACUGUGUGGAUGGUUCUCAUCCCAGGUGGGCUAGAGAGGAAUGGUGUGAAAUUUCAUUUUUUCUGUGCAGAAUUGCAUGUAGUUUACAAUAUGUAGAUUGUUUAUUUCUGACACUUUCAUUUACUAUUUGGGGUUAACCAUACGUACCUAAAACUAUAAAAGUUAGGUCACAAAAGGUGAAAGUUUAGAUAAGAGGGAACUACUUUAAUGUACUUUUAAAUGAGUGCUUAUAAUAACCAGCAGCAUGGUUAUCUUAACAAAACUUAUGUGUAGUUUUCCCUGUCAGGAGACAAGGACAAAUUAGUAAUGUACGAAAGGUGACAGAAGUUGUUGUCAUAUGGUACUUUUUUUAUCAAAAGAAAAUGAAGGUAAGUAGUGGUUAGAUCAACUCUUAUUAUGAAAAAGACAUGACUUGAAAUAGAGACGUAGAUAAAGAAGUUUACCUUGAUAACAUAGUGCCUAUUGGCAUAUCAUUCAGUGAUAGUGUUUAUUGGGAGUUGUUGUUGAGGUAUCAACAGACACAGUAGUGACUGAAGGAGCGCAGGUGGUGAAAGCCAGUUCUACAUUGUGCCAAUGUCUAGUAGUGUUAUGUAAUUAUGCAGCAAGAAAGAAGCAUAAAGACUAAUGCAUUAUAGAAAUCUGCUAAGAUUUCUGGCUUUUUUUGAUUGUUUGUUUUGGCAUGCUCUUAUGCAAUUUUAAGUAACACACCACUUAUUGCAGUGCUUGUUUAUAAUAUCUAUAGUUAAGUGUUCUGUAGCAUGAUUAAAAUUCAUUCAUUUAGCAAAUAGUUUUUAAUAUUUAAUGAGUACCAAACACUACUGGGAUCCAGAACUAAAGAAAUGAUACCAAUCAGCCUGCAUUCAGUUGCCAAUGCUAUGAGAGUAAGACAAAAAUAUUAUUAGAUUUUAGUGUGUUAAGUGUGGCAGUGUUCAUGCAAGUGGCCAUGAAAGGGAGAACUCUGAUGAGAAUAGGUAGAGGUAGCACACAUUGAAAUUCAAGACUCAGUGUUAGGCAGACUGAUGGUGGGAAAACUGAGAACCUUGAGUUCUGUUUCCACUGUUAAUUCAAACAUCUGAAGGUCGGUUUACUCACUAGAAAUAGAGAAAAGGGCUAUGGGCUGUCAAAAAGAUUUAUAGGUUUAAAGCACUGCCUUGUAAAAUAGCUUUCUAACUAUUUAUAUAGCUGACAAUUUUUUUCUGUACUAGUAAAAAUAUGACAAACUUUAGGAAAAGUGCAACCUUGGAAUGUUUUACGCUGUGAGUUUGCAGUGAUGCAAUUGGUCACAUUAAUGAUAGUACAUGGAAUGUGGUUAAGAUGCCUUUAGAGGUAAAUUUACAUUUAAAAAUGUAAUUAGCUGGUUGAUUCUGUUUGUAUAGGUUUAUAUCCUCUUAUGGGGGCUCAAUGGGUCUGGUGCUUACUGCCAGGUGAUGAAACCCUGAGGACCUGUGUUAGAUCUCUGGACCUAUGUGCAGGUGGAACAAGAAAAUAAAGGAGUCUACAAAGUUGUCCUCUGACCUGCACACAUGAUCUCUAUGUAUUGCCGCCCCCCCAUACAUGACUUGUAUGUAUUGCACACAUACACUGAUGAUAACAAAAAUAAAAUAUAAAAUCCUUAAAAGAA